CCCUCGGCCUCUCGGUUUCGAAAUUGAGAACCAGGAAAGUGGCCAGUUUCAGUCUUCCAAGGGAAGGGUUGGAGUAAGGCCCCCCCUGUGGAGGUACCGCCUCUUUUUUCCUGGGAACCAAAAUAUCUGUGGACUUGGAAGAAACCUUAGAAUUAGCUGGAACCUCAGCUGUGCAGAUACGGAGACAAGGCCCCAGGGGUGAAGAUACUGAGAAAGGGAGCCACUGGAAGGACGGCUGGAAGAGGAAGAUGCCUAGCACAGACCUUCUGAUGUUGAAGGCCUUCGAGCCCUACUUUGAGAUUUUGGAAGUAUACUCCACAAAAGCCAAGAAUUACGUCAAUGGGCAUUGUACCAAGUAUGAACCCUGGCAGCUAAUUGCAUGGAGUGUCCUGGGGACCCUGCUGAUAGUUUGGGUAUACGAGUUUGUCUUCCAGCCAGAGAGUUUAUGGUCAAGGUUUAAAAAGAAAUGUUUUAAACUCAUCAGAAAGAUGCCUAUUAUCGGUCGCAAGGAAAAGCAACAAGAAGAAGACAGGCUAAGAAUGAGCCUGGUUAUGCACAGAUGCAUCUAUAAGCAUGAAGAGAUCCAAGAAGAGUUGAACAAGACUAAAGCUGAUAUUAGCAGGCACAUGUCAUUCCUGAAAGUGGACAAAGAGUAUGUGAAAGUUUUGCCCUCCCAGGGCCUAAGCUCGUCUGCAGUUCUGGAGAAACUCAAAGAGUACAGCUCUAUGGAUACCUUCUGGCAAGAAGGGCGUGCCUCCGGGGCAGUGUACAAUGGAGAGGAGGCGUUCACCGAGCUUCUGGUCAAGGCUUAUGGGAAUUUUGCAUGGAGUAACCCACUGCAUCCUGAUAUCUUCCCAGGACUACGUAAGAUAGAGGCAGAAAUUGUGAGCAUAGCCUGUUCUCUCUUCAAUGGGGGACCUGAUUCCUGUGGAUGUGUAACCUCAGGGGGAACAGAAAGCAUACUGAUGGCCUGCAAAGCAUACCGGGAUCUGGCCUUCGAGAAGGGGAUCAAAGCUCCAGAAAUCGUGGCUCCCCUAAGUGCCCAUGCCGCAUUUGACAAAGCAGCCAAUUAUUUUGGGAUGAAAAUUGUGCGGGUCCCGCUGAACAAGAUGAUGGAGGUGGAUGUGCGGGCAAUGAGAAGAGCCAUCUCCAAGAACACGGCCAUGCUCGUCUGCUCAACCCCUCAGUAUGGUCAUGGUGUGAUAGAUCCUGUUCCUGAAGUGGCCAAGCUGGCUGUGAAAUAUAAAAUACCUCUUCAUGUAGAUGCCUGUCUGGGGGGCUUCCUCAUUGUUUUCAUGGAGAAAGCAGGGUACCCACUGGAGCAACCAUUCGAUUUCCGUGUGAAAGGUGUGACCAGCAUUUCAGCUGAUACCCAUAAGUAUGGCUACGCCCCCAAAGGCUCUUCAGUGGUGUUAUACAGUGACAAGAAGUACAGGAACUACCAGUUCUUCAUCGCUACAGAUUGGCAGGGUGGCAUCUAUGCUUCCCCAUGCAUUGCAGGCUCUCGGCCUGGUGGCAUUAGUGCAGCCUGUUGGGCCUCCUUGAUGUACUUCGGUGAGAACGGCUAUGUUGAAGCCACCAAACAGAUCAUCAAAACUACUCGCUUCCUCAAAUCAGAACUGGAAAAUAUCAAAGGCAUCUUUGUUUUUGGAAAUCCUCAGUUGUCAGUCAUUGCUCUCGGCUCCCAUGACUUUGACAUCUCCCGGCUCUUUAACCUGAUGCAUGCUAAGGGCUGGAACCUGAACCACCUACAGUUCCCACCCAGUAUUCAUUUCUGCAUCACUUUAGUACAUACGCGGAAGCGAGUAGCCAUACAGUUCCUAAAGGAUAUCAGGGAGUCUGUGACACAGAUUAUGAAGAAUCCAAAAGCAAAGACCACAGGAAUGGGUGCCAUCUACGGCAUGGCCCAGGCAACCAUUGACCGGAAUCUGGUUGCAGAAUUGUCCUCCACCUUCUUGGACUGCCUGUACAGCACAGACAACGUCACCCAGGGUGGCCAGAUGAAUGGUUCUUCAAAGCCCCGCUGAACUUGGACCCUUUCUCGUCCCAGAGGCUUCUGGCCUCCAGAAGGUUCUUGGGGUAUGGAAGAGACCACACGCAGUUUUGACAUCUGGACUUGCUCCACAGAGCACACCUAGGUAGACUGUGAGACAGCUUGGUCCUUGGAAUUCUUGUUCUUCCUUUUGUGGUUUUUAAUUUCAAGACCCUGAAGGAUUCCAUUACAUAACGAAUUUGUCCUUAUGAUAAAUGUUACCCUAGGAAUUAUUUUAACCAUUUUCUUCUCUAACUUCUUGAGCUUUCAACUUCACUUAAUCAUUAUUUGGCGCCUGUGACUGUCCUGAUUCCAUUGGGAAGCUGGGGUACAGUUGGUGAGAUGGUGAGAGUUUCCUUAUUACCUCAGGCAGAUUUUCUGGCUCGUCAGAUAGCAAGUAUGUAACUACUAGGCAAGUGUUAGGAGUUCUCGGAGCAGAAGCGUUUUUCAGUCCUCCUCUAGAGAGUAGGGUAGUUGUUUUUCGUACAACCACUUCCAUUGUAGCUUGUUUGAUUUCUUUAGGACACCGCAGGACGGGGCAGAGAGCACAUGUGCUCAGUGAGCCGAGUUUGGUUUGCAGUGGUCCUCGGGCCUCUUCUGCGCUUGCAGUCCCCAGCUGACCCUUGGCUGCCCCAUCUUUGGAGGGUCUUGUUUGGUUGUUCUUGUUUCCUUGGACAAGGGAAAGAAUGGGUCCAGAGAAUCUAGGCCUGUGUGGCCAUGGUACUGCCUCCCUGAGUCAGCAGUGAUCAGAGCACACCUGAGCCGGGCCCUCUCCUAGGCUGGCAGCACACAGAAACCAGACCCUUUUAUACUUUCCUGAAUGUCACAGGGUGAGCACCAAGCUUCAGACAGGUAUCACCAAGGUUGGUGGUGGCCCUCCCCUCCAUGCUUUAAGCCAUCGUGUAAUCAGAAUAUGCUUAUUUGAAGGAACAGCUCAAAGCACCUUCACAAGUUGCCUUGACUUACCUUUCAUGGGUGUGAGGAGAGGAGUGAGAGAGCCCCAUAGCAAGGACAUUUCUUUCCAUGAGUGUGUUUUUCCACCUCCCUCCCUCCAUUCAGCUUCCAGAGGUACUUUGGCAGGUUAGCCGCAGGUACUGGUCGCAUCUCAGCCCUGGCUGGAGGAGCAGCGAAGGAUGUGAUAAGCAUUCGGGAGUGGAAAGCAGGGUGGCAAGCAGCCUCUGUGGUCCAGGGCUGGGACUUUCUUCUGUCUGAAGACUAGUUGCUCAGGGUGGUGCAGGGCCAGGACCAUACCCUGCACCCACUUCCUACCCUCCUCUCCCCUGUAUGGGGCACUCUAGGUUGAGCCACUGUCCUUACCUAAUGACAUUGUGUCACGUGCCUUUCUCUGCGGUGCAUAGUGAGCGCUUUCUGGCCCAGGCCUGGGGGAAUGGAGCAGCCUUUGGGGUCUCUGCUUGGGGUGGGGUACUUAGGACAAGCCAGGAGAAAUUUUCCUCUGUUCCAUUUCCCUUCUCAGGGACUCCUGAUUAUGCAGUUUCUCUGGCUGGUAACUAUCCUCUAGCUCCCUCACUGGGAAUGCUAGCCAGGAGAGCCAUGACUGCCAGUUUCCCCCAAGCUCCUUAGCAUGUCUGUCUGUAGUAUUCUUUAGCACCAUACUUCUUACUGGGUAACUGUGACUAGCUGGCUGUGUUGUCAUAAGGCUGGCGUGGGGGUUAUAUGUGUGUGUUUCUCUCCUGUUUGCUCUGCUGUGCGAUGUGGGUUCCAAGAGUGGUUGGUGUCUUUGUGUAUGUGCCAGAGUCUGAGAUGCUUAGGACGUGGGAGCGGCAUGUGUCCUCCAAGUUGCUGAACUCGUGGCUCCUUGAGAGCAGCUGUGUUCAGAGCCACAUGUGCAUUGUCUCUGGUGUUCAGUGCACAAUGUUAGAGGAGGUCCAGGGACCCAGGGACCUACCCAGUAGGCACCGCUGUGGCUUGGUAACUACUGAAAUAGACCAGCACAUGCCCUAGAACUGGGCUGGUGUUGCCAGUGUCCCCAGGACCAGACCCCAGAGCCACUCAUAUCCUCUGUGCUGUGACAAAAUUGGGGUCGGGAGUGGUGGUGGUGGUUUUCAAAGGGACCCAGUGUAGACACUUUAUGUUUGAGAGCUGUGUUUGACUUAACACUUCUGUAGGCUUUUUGUUGUGUAUGUGUGCUGUGUGCACAUUUAGUAAUACCUAAUCUGUGGCAGAGGUGGGUAGCGUCUUAGUAUCAUGUUGCUAGUAGAUGUCACAUAGGCCUUUGCAAAAACUGUGCUGUCUUGUUUCCGCAUUACGAGUAAUUAGUCAUGUGAAUAUACUGCCAUGUCACUUUUAAUACCAGUUUUUAUACUUGGAAAAGUGGUACUUGCCUCUUUAAAUCUUCUUUGCCUUCUUUAACCUCCCCCUUCUCAUCUCAAUGCUCCCUUUCUAAUUGCAGCAAUAAUCUCUCAAAAAGUGAUGAAAUAAUUAAAUGUCCCAAAUCGUAAUCACUGUGGAUGGUUGCAUUCAUUCAUCUACUCGGGCAUGCACACAAGAUCACACAUGGGUGGGUGGCAGCACUUGGAUGGGCUGUGGAGAGACAGCCCCCUUGUGGUGUAGGGGGUAUGACCCCUGAGAUGGGGCCGUUAGACACAGCUGAGCGGCAGUCGGUGUAUUUCCAAGCACUUUAGUAGCCACCGACUAGUCUGCAUACCAGGAGUGGUGGUCAUACCUGUUUAGAGAGGCCAGAAAUUCAGGUCCUUAGCUCCCCAGGCCUGGGCCCUGUCUUGUGUGUUUUAUCAUCUUCAUCUUCCACUUUGUGUACAAUUUAAUGAUGGACUAAGCCAUCUGGGAGGCCUCUAGCCAGCUGGGUAGUGUGACUCUUACCAUGGGAUGCUGACUGUAGGCCCUGCGUUUGGGUUGGGGGCUAAUAGAGCUCUUCAGGUGAUCUUCACACAUGUAACGACUGAGCGUCCUGUUUCAUUUUGAAUAAAAAAUGAGAAGUCUUUCCAAAUGGUUGAUCGGGAUCUGAAAGCUGUCAUUGAGGAACCCAGUGUUUCAUUCUGGCUUUCAUUUCAGACUUGGCCAGAAUCCAGCCACAGGAGUGCUGGCUUUGCAUGUUUCUACCAAAUGGCUUGGUGCCUUGCCCCCACAGGAAGACCAGACAGAAUCUUUUCGGGUCAGGAGGCCUGGCCCACAAAGCAGUAGUGUCUGGGGAG